GUGCUCUUUCCCCGGAUUUAUUUUUCCUUUAAAAAAAAUAUCUCCACAUCAUCUUCCUCAAACCCAGGGCAGGGGGGCAACAUCAGACAAAAACCUCUGCAAUUAGGGUUUCGUAAAAUUUUUUUCCACAACUUUAAAUUUUAAAACAAAAAAAGAAUGGCCGCUUCUCUCUCGUUCAGGCCGAACAUGCUCCUCGUCCUAUCUCCUUUCGUUGACCGAACCGGAUCCCCCAAUCCUCUUUUAAAUCGAACUCAAUUUUCAGGUUUUUCAGCUCACAGACCAUUUCUUCGCGGCUCUUUACCUGUGGCCAAAUUCGGGUUCAAACCGGGACUCUUUCCUGAACCGGAUGCUUACGAGGGUGUUAUCAGGGAGCUGUUUACUAAAGCUGAAAGCGUUCUCUAUACGAUUGCUGACGCUGCCGUUUCGUCUUCCGACACUAUUACUACAACCACUUCUACCAAGCAAAAUGAUUGGCUUUCGGGUAUCACCAAUUCACUGGAAACUAUUUUGAAGGUUCUGAAAGAUGGGUUGUCGGCUUUGCAUGUGCCGUACGCUUACGGUUUUGCUAUUAUACUUCUGACUGUUCUUGUUAAGGCUGCUACGUUUCCUUUGACUAGGAAACAGGUAGAAUCUGCUAUGGCCAUGCGCUCUUUACAGCCUCAAAUAAAGGCUAUUCAGCAGCGGUAUGCUGGAGAUCAGGAGAGAAUUCAACUUGAAACUGCUCGAUUAUAUAAACUAGCUGGGAUAAACCCAUUAGCAGGAUGCCUGCCUACUCUUGCCACAAUUCCAGUGUGGAUUGGGCUUUAUAGAGCCCUGUCAAAUGUGGCAAAUGAGGGACUCCUCACAGAAGGCUUCUUUUGGAUACCCUCCCUGGCUGGUCCAACUACUAUUGCUGCUCGACAGAAUGGCAGUGGUAUCUCUUGGCUUUUCCCUUUUGUAGAUGGACACCCACCCCUUGGAUGGUCAGAUACGUUGGCAUAUCUUGUGUUGCCUGUUUUGCUGGUUCUCUCACAGUCCAUCUCUGUCCAAAUCAUGCAAUCAGCACAGAGCAAUGAUCCAAACAUGAAGAGCUCUCAAGCCCUGACAAAGUUCCUCCCUCUAAUGAUUGGUUAUUUUGCUCUUUCAGUUCCUUCAGGUCUAAGUCUAUAUUGGUUCACAAAUAACAUAUUAAGUUCGGCACAACAAGUAUGGCUUCAAAAGUUGGGGGGUGCAAAGAAUCCAGCGAAGCAACUUAAUAUUGAUAUCAUCAAGGAAGAGCAACUUCAGCUGCAGAAAUCUCUCUCUGAAUUGAAUGCCCCCAGAAAGGAGGCAAAACAAGAAGAAAAGUUGACACCAGAAGGGCUGCGCCCUGGUGAAAGAUUUAAACAGUUGAAGAAGCAAGAGGCGAGAAGAAAGCGGCAAAGAGAAGAAGAAAGGAGGAAAGCUCAAGAGGCAGCAGCUAAAGCUGAUCAAUUAACAAAUGAAGGACAUGAGAUAGAGGGUAGCACCACUGAAAGGGAAAAUGGUGCUGGAACUGGCUUAAGCAUUGAAAAGAAUGAAAAAUGUCAACCUGUUUCAGGCCAAGAUUCCUCCAAUGUAGGAAUUGUGAAUGGUGACCUCUCUAAUCAGGACUUGAAGGAAGAUCAAAAGAAUUCUUCCUCGUCAAGCACGAACAGUGAAUCUCUGGAACAUGUAAAGAAGGGAACUGUUGAAGUAUACACUAGUACAGCCACGACAGAUAACAAAUAUGCUGCACAAGACACAGAGGAAGCCAGGAGGGAGUGACAGGAAAAAGAGAAACAUGGUAAUGAUGAAGCCAGUACCGGAAUUCAACCAAGAGUGACAGGAGCAGUUGAUUUGCAUGCUGCGUUGGAUACAGGGGGCAGAAUGAUUCUCCUCCCUCCAUAGGAAGUCUGUGCAGCUCAUCAACCAUUAUUAAUAUGUUCAAAAUGGAGUGUCUUUGGGCUUUGAUGGAGCGUAUGUUGCCCUUUGGUGAUAUCUGGCUUAUACCUGGUGCACUUGCAGGAACAGCGAAACAAGCAAAAUACAGGACAAUAUAAGAUUUUGGAGGUUUCAGAUAUACCUGUUGUAAGAGCUCAAAUACAACUGAUUCAAUCAAUGAUUAUUCUGUACAAGUUUAAUAGUAAUAAAUAAAAAGUUCUGUUUAUGCUAUUUUUCUUGCACACUCA